AUGGUUAGAAAACUCAAGCACCAUGAGCAAAAGCUGCUGAAGAAGGUCGACUUCCUCGACUGGAAGCAGGACCAGGGCCACAGGGACACGCAGGUGAUGCGUACGUAUCACAUCCAGAACAGAGAAGACUACCACAAGUACAAUAAGCUGUGCGGUGACGUGCGCCGGCUCUCUCACAAAUUGUCGCUUCUGCCACCAUCGGAUGCGUUCAGGAUCAAGCACGAACAGCUCCUACUCGAAAAGUUGUACGCCAUGGGCAUCCUGACGACCAAGUCGAAAAUCUCAGAUCUCGAAAACAAAGUCACCGUCAGUGCCAUCUGCAGAAGGCGCCUUCCCGUGAUAAUGCACCGCUUGAAGAUGGCGGAGACUCUAUCAGAUGCUGUGAAGUUCAUCGAGCAGGGUCAUAUUAGAGUGGGGCCCAACCUCAUAACUGACCCGGCAUACCUCGUCACCCGCAGCAUGGAGGACUACGUAACGUGGGUCGACAGCUCCAAGAUCAAGAAAACCAUCCUCAGGUACAGGAACCAGAUCGACGACUUCGAUUUUGCAUAG